CAGUUCACAGUUUAUGUGCUUGGUGGGAGAUGUAGCUGCUUGUCUGCUGGUAACUUGAUGCAAGUCAUGUGCUAAGUACUUGUAUGUUCAGCUGAGAAAUCAGUUGCCCUUAUUCAAGCAGCUUCUCUGAGGAAGAUCAGUGAGCCUGUUGGGACCAAGAAGUGAGGAAGAACCAUCAAGCCUUACAGCAAGAAUAUUUGUAAGCUGUUUACCAGUACCCUAACAAAAAAGAGGAAUGGGCUGUGACACAAACUGUGGGCUCCUCACUGGGGCCAUAAUCGGUGCUGUACUGGCUGUCCUCGGAGGAGUUCUAAUACCAGUUGGAGAUAAUCUUAUAGGCAAAGCAGUAAAAAAGGAAGCUGUCAUUGUCAAUGGUACCACUGCUUUUCAAAAUUGGCUUGUGCCAGGAAGCACAGUUUACAGGGAAUUUUGGAUUUUCCAUGUCUUAAAUCCUUCAGAGGUUAUAGAUGAAGGAGCUCAACCAAAAUUUGAACAAAGAGGACCUUACACAUACAGGGUGCGAUAUUUACCCAAAGAAAAUGUCACGGAAAAUGAGAAUGGCACAAUAUCCUACAUGUUGCCCAACAUUGCUAAUUUUGAACCUGAUAUGUCUAUUGGGACAGAAAAUGACAACGUGACUGUCCUCAACCUCGCUGUUGUAGCUGUACCUGCCGUGUUCCCAAGUACUUUUAUGCAAUCAAUAAUAAACACUUGGAUUAAAUCUUCUAAGUCAGCCAUACUGCAGAACAGAACAGUGAAAGAAAUACUGUGGGGGUACACAGAUCCCUUCUUAGACAGUGUCCCCUUCCCUGGUGUGAACCCAGUUGUGGGAGUCUUCUACCCGUAUAAUGGGACAAGUGAUGGACCUUACAGUGUCUAUACUGGGACAGAAGAUAUUUCAAAAACAGCAAUAAUAGAAAGCUAUAAAAAUAAAAGGACUCUUUCGUACUGGCCGGAUCACUGUGAUAUGGUUAAUGGCACAGAUGGAGCAUCCUUCCCACCAUUUGUUAAGAAGAAUCAGGUACUACGCUUCUUCUCCUCCGAUAUUUGCAGAUCGAUCUACGGAGUUUUCCACAGCAAGCAGGUUGUGAAGGGAAUCACACUCUAUCGUUUCAUAGUUCCUCGUGAAGCAUUUGCAUCACCAGCUGAAGUCAGAGACAAUUAUUGCUUCUGUACGGAUCCAGUCAUAUCAGAGAACUGCACAUUAGCCGGAGUCCUGGACAUCAGUGCCUGCAAAGCAAAAAGACCGGUAUAUAUCUCUCUUCCCCAUUUUCUUCAUGCAAGUGAAUCUGUAUUGCAUAAUGUGGAAGGCCUGAGCCCAGAUGAAAAGGAGCAUGAGACGUAUCUGGACAUUGAGCCUGUGACUGGUUUUACACUACGAUUUGCAAAAAGGCUGCAAGUAAACCUCCUUGUGCAACCUUCAACAAGAAUUGAUCCUUUAAAAAAAGUUAAAAAACCCUAUGUGUUCCCUCUUCUUUGGCUAAAUGAGGUAACAAAAGACUUCAGAGGUAGUCAAUGUUUAAUUGAAAUUUCAGCCAAGCAGCUCGUUAAAAUUCAGAGACAAAAGGUAUGAUUCAAAGCACAGUCAAUCCACAUGCUAUGGAAUUCAACAUACUUUUCCAUUUUGAGAAGACCAGCUUACUAACCCAAAUAAGCUGAUGUUUUUGAAGGUCAACAUAUCUGACAUCACUAAAGAGGCCACUGUGGAAAAUACACUUUCAAAAAACUUUAUUUGAAACUUGUUAUACAUUUUAAAUUGCAUUCAAGCAGACUGAAAUUGAGGUGCAGUUGGAUUUUAGUCCACCUUCUGCCAUUUAUGCAACUUGCUACUCAUUUUCUUCUGGAUUUGCAAGAAAAAUGAAAGCCGCUUGCUGAUGUUCCGUCUCUGAGCACAGGCUGGGAAUGACAACAAUUUGGAGCUCAUGCUGUGCUCUACAUGCUCUCAUUGCAAUAUUUCUCUCUGUUCCUUUAAGGAAUGGAAGCUGCUGCAAUAGAACUGCUCUCUGUCCUCUAUUCAGGGAUGUGAAUUGCAUUGAAUGUGAAGUUUAUAAUGUAAAGUUACUAACUGUAAUACAUGAAGUUUAUAAAAGACUAAAAUACGUGUUUUAUACAGUUUUUAUGGAGAUGGCUCAUAGAUACACCACAGUUCUCCAUAUGUUGAUGGAGAUCAUCAACAUUUGACUCCACAGCUGUUUAUUAAUCUGAAUCACUCCCUAACUCCCAACCUACUCCACUGCUCUUCCCGUUGCCUCUUGUGAGCUCUUAUUUCUGGCUCUUGUUUGAACACCAGCCUCUGCACUGCUCUAAGGCCACUUUUCCCAAAGCGUCCAUUGGAGAAUGAUCUGAUAUGUCACCUGACAGACCAAGAGAAAAUAUUCCAAAUUGCUUCAGAGAGAGGAAGGACUGAGAUAAUGAUUUUGAUAAAUGUCAGAGGGUUCCGCUUGCUGUAGAAGCACAUAAAUGAAAACAGGUAGCCUCAAUCACUUAUUGAUAAACCACCUGCUGUUAGGAAAUUUGUGCAUUUAUUUAAUGAGGUGUAUCAGCCUGUAGACAGGUACCAAGCACUGCUGUCUGCAUAAAUAGUUGACUUUUUCAUUUGAUCUGAAUGCUGUAUUUUAUUCUGAGAGUCAAUGGGGCAAAUACGGAGUGUUGUGGGGUCUCUUCUUUUUCCAUGGACUCAUUAAAUUCAGAAUAAGAGCCUAAGUUAAGCAUUUUCUAUGAUUUCUUUUUGGAUUUUUUUGUCCCCUUAUUUAAGAACUGCAAAAAAAAGGGAAAUAAAACAUAGUCUUCCUCUCAUGUCCUGCUGUUUGGAAACAAUGCUACAAUGGAUUAUAAACCACAAAGCUAAUAAAGGGCAAUGUCUUUGGCUGGGUAUCUUUAGUAAGAUGUUCUUACCUUUGGAAAUAAAGGGAAAAUCCAACUGAUUAUAAUGCUGGUGUUUUAUUGUUUUAUUCCAUUGUUCCUUGUGGACAAAGUUUUGUAGCUAUCAGCAGAGCUGAUGAGUCACAGAAAUCCCAAGACGUUCUUCUUGAAGGUGAGGUCUGUGAGGUACAUGGCUGCACUCUUUCCUGCUGCGAGCUGGAAAUGCCAGCUACCAGGGCAGCUGGUGUGACACUGGAGGGAAGGGCUGCUCUCAGCCCGUGUAUUUGAUUACUCAUGGUGCUGGCUAGUCAAUGGAAAACAAUACCUUUCUCUCAUAUCCACGUUAUUGCUGGUGUCAUGUAUGAUGCUCUGUUCCCGUAUUUGGGGGCAACUUGACACAACUGAAGGCAUCCCUAGAGUCCUAUGGACUGGUAUGAGGGCAGCUAAAGUCAUUAAGCCGCAUCUCCUCUGAGAUAAACACAGCUCUGCCGUGGUUCAAGAUCUGACACCAACUUUUUAUAAUAAAAUGUCUUUUGUGCCAGCAUCUAACAUGAAAGGAAAAACAGCAGUGCUCCUGUGGUUUUUGAUAUGCUAACAUUUCAGCUUAAUUUUAUUUGACUUCAAGUACCUUGUCAGUAAGUUAGUGUUUGCUUUACUAGUGUUGUUUAGUGCUGUGUGGUGCUCCAGCAGCAGUGAUCGAGCAAGUCAGGCCAUGAUUUUAAAUGUCUCAGGGCCAAAUUUUAUAUGGACAGAACUAUAUGUUUGUCCAUAUGUGUAAUCUCAUUGAUCUCAAUGCAGGUUUGGGCUUUUAAACUAUGUCCAGCAUCUAGACUGCACUUGAAUUAUUAUUUGUUGUUAUUUUAUCCAAAACAUCAGUUACAGUUAUUGUUACUUCAUGAUACUAAGGCUAAUGUUAAGUACUUACAUUUGUUCAAACAGUGCAGGGUAAACUUUCAUUAGAAAUGUAAAUGAAAAUACAAAUAAAAUAAAGCUCAAACCUUCUUUCUGAUAUCCUUAUGUUUAAUUGUAAAUAAAGCCUUCUGUGUUGAA